AGCUGCAACAUGCUGCAAGGACUUGGUAGGAGCUCCAUAGCAUCAUGUUGGCAGCAAAGGCCGAGGCAAAAGCUAAGGCCAAAGCCGGCGCACAAGACGCGGCAAGAACACGAGUUGACAAGUGUGCUUGGUGCGGGGAGCAGAGACAGGGAUGGAGUGAUUUGAAGGCACUGGUCUUCUAUUGCGAGCAUUGCUGGAGUGACUAUGACGCCCUUCAGAGUGCAGGUGGCGAGGACUACAUAGGCAAAGUUUGGCACGACAAAAUUCUUGAGGAGGACAACAUAGCUGCAGAAGGUGAGGAUGGGGGUGAUGGCAAGCAGAUCUUGGAAUUUACGAAGCACACCUUGAAUCAAAUCGACUCCAAAAGGCUCAAUGUGGGCAGCGAUGAUGAAGACGAAACAGUCGGUCCACUGCCUGCAGAAUUCAAGCCAACGGAGUUGAACAAAUAUCCAAUUGAGUUUCAACAGGCACAUAUUAUUGUCAUUGUGGACACAUCUGGUUCAAUGAGAACCAAUGAUGUCAUGCCUGAAAAUGCCGAAGAUGGUGCGCAACCCAUUACUCGUAUGUCAGCUGUCAAACUUUCUCUCUCCACCUUCUUUGAGAAGCACAAGGAAUCCGGCACCCCUCACCGUUUCUCGCUUAUCUCCUUCAACCAGUUCAGCAAGCUUCAUUUUUCUGCCAGGACGGCAGCAGAAGCACUGCACCACGUCAAGCUGUGUAUGAAAGAACUUGCAGCAGGUCAUGGCACACAUUUUGUGGCAGGCCUAACAGCUGCAAAGAGUCUUCUGUCGGGCUAUGUUGUAGGUACACCGCAUCUUCUCAUUUUCAGUGACGGUCGUCCUGCAGAUGGUAUCCAAAUGCUUCACACAGCCCAGAACAUGUUGCAGACUUUUGAGAACCUUCGUAUACAUGCCAUUGGCUUCGGCGAUGGUUUGGACUUCGAAAUGUUGCAGCAGUUAACUUCCAUUGGCCGAGGCAGCUUUGCACCAUCCGAUCGGUCUGUCAGAGCUCUUCAUUCUGCCUUCGCCUCCGUGACUUCGACCGUCACUGCAACGCAGACAGUCACCAGCCGAUCUGGCAAAUCGAGUUCAUAUUCCUUCAAAGGUCGACCAGUCCAGUCAAGUGGAGAAGAUGCUUUGCCUGAAUCAAAGGAAAGAGGCUUGAAGCUGAGGAGUGUCAACUUUGAACCUGCAAAUCAAUUUAUGUGGAGCACGAAAAGCUCGGUCAGUUUCAGAACUCGUCGCAGAUGGCUUAGCUUCAAUGGGAAAGGCUUCAAGCAGGAAGAGCAAUCAAGAUUGUAUCAACACAAUCCCGUGUCCUUGAGAAGGCAGCCCUUUACACAAGGAGGAAUGCGCCUUGUGUACUGCUUUAGGGACUCAACAAUUCCUUUGUUUGCCGAGCAGCGGCGUGAUCAAUUUGCCAUGCAAGAAGCUGGCACAGAUGCUCGUAUGGUGGCAAAGAUUUCCAAAUACACAGAUGGUUGGCACAACUCUUUCGAAGUGGUUUCUGGGUACGCCAAGAGCAGUGCAGUCGCAAGAUUUUAUUCUCGCGUGUUUCGGCUUGCCGUUAUGGACCGGUUUGGCUGGAAAGGGCGUAGCAUGGCAAGAAUCAUUUUUGUGGAGUGCUACAUCUACACCGUCGAAGAAGGCCACGAUGCGCUCCCCCCAUUCAUGGUCGGUGAACGCUACUUGCCCGGCGUGUUUCGCAAGUACAAUGGAAAUCAUGGCUAUGUGGACCCUGAUCUGCCAGACUCUGAAAUAGCACAAGCAUUCUCGCAUUUCACUUUUGAAGCGAGCCGUGGGAAGCAUAUGGUUCUGGACUUGCAAGGAGUGCACUUGGACAAGGGACAGCGAAGAAACCCACACCUGAUCCUGACAGAUCCUCAGGUGGUUUCGUUGGAUAGAUCGUUUGGGCCUGGGGAUUUGGGAGAUGAAGGGAUGCGAGCUUUCUUUCGAUCUCACCGUUGUGGCGUAACUUGUCAGCGGAUGGGGCUUGGUCAAGAUGCUUUGAGGAGGUAUCGUCAAGCAGCAAGAAAGGAUUCUGCAUCUCCUAUGCCGGCAGCUAGCACUACAGCAUUGACCCCUGCCACACCAACCACUGCUGCAGCUACAUCAGGUAAUUCUGGAAGCAUUUCAGAUUUGCGAGUUGCUGACCCUGACGCUGACCUUUUAGCUCCUCUUCCCACUAUUCCAUUGGUGAAGAGUUCGCCAGAGAGGACCGAGAUGAGUGGAAUCCAGGAGACAUCCAUGUGGCCAGGGUUCACAACUCGAUAUCCACCGACCUUUGGUGUUCCAAGUGGUGCCAAGAUGGAUGGCCCUUUGUCAGCUCUCAUGGCCCGUUCAGCUGAAUCUGGCAGACCAGACUAUGACGCCUUGCUCCGGCGACCGAGCGCCAAUCAGCCUGUGAAUGGUGAGAACCUUGAAGCGAAUCAGCCUGCCAUGGUUCGAAGGGUUCCAUCUCCGAAUCAGCCAUGCUUCGAAGGGUCUCAGUCUCAACAGAGUACUCGUUCAGAGUUCAGACCCGAAACCGCUUGCAAACUCAGCCAGAAGUCGCUCGAAGUGGAUACGUGCGAGUCGCUCGAAGACUCACAAAGCACGGUCCCAACACCUCUGAGUGAGGCAAGUUCCGGAGCCUCUCUCAGACUUGGCGAUGAAACUGCGAUCGUUGAUCCUCCCAAAGGGGGCAAGAAGAGCAUUGUGUACGGCCCAAAUGGAAAGAAAUUCACUCUAUCUGCAUCUUGCAGAGCUCAUGUCAUCGCAGCCAUCGAUUCUGAAUUCUCAAUUCCAGAGGAGGAACAGCAGUUGUUCCAGGAAAUCACUUCCCUGCCCAAUGUGGACGUCUAUCGCGUGGAGCGCAAGAUGGAUCCUAGAAAGUUGAAGUUCACACAAGCCAGUGUGAGCCCAACCUUUCGUGAUGGUAGACCAAUUUUUGAUCUUCUGAAUGAUCUCAACGUGCAGAAAGUUGAUCCCUUGAGGGAGUUGGAGCCCUUAGAUGUGGUAUGGCAGAACGGGCAUUGGAGGUCCUUGUCCAAUCGCAGGCUUUGGGCAUUGAAGCACUGCACUAUUGCCAUGACAGGGCAACCUCUUUUUGUUCGUGUGCGGGUGCGUCCAGCGGAUGCCGAAUUUCGAGCCAAAUCCACAAGUACAAAUGACGGAGCUACUGUUUUGGUCAUUUCGAGAUCGCGGUCACCUUCACCAACUGCUGCUACAGUUGCAGCUUGAUUUCAAUUUUAAGUGUACAGGCAUUCAUUCGAAGGCAUGCUGCUGCCUAACAGUCACUCGUUUGCACACAAUCACUCUGCGAACAACAGUCCUUCGCAA